AUGGCUCCACCAGUUUUACGUCCAGAGAACGCUAUCAAAAGAGCCGAGGAGCUUAUCUCAGUUGGUGAAGAACAAGCUGGUUUACAGUCCCUUUAUGACUUUAUCACUGCCAGAAGAAUCCGUUGGGCAUCCCCAGAUGUUGUUGAACCAGUUGUCUUUAAGUUCUUAGAAUUAGGUGUGGAAUUAAAGAAGGGUAGAUUAAUUAAAGAUGGUUUACAUCAAUACAAGAAACUUAUCCAAGGUACUCCAGAAGGUUUGGUAUCCGUUGGUGCAGUUGCACGUAAAUACAUUGAUGUUGUAGAAACAAAGAUGGCGGAUGAACAAUCAAAAGAAGAUCAAAGAAAUGAAGUUGAUGAUGAUCUAGAAGGUGGUGUCACUCCAGAAAAUCUUUUAAUUUCCGCCCUUGAAGAAGAUCAAUCAGUUGGUGGGUUCAAUGAUGAAGCUAUUACUUCCUGGACUAAAUUCACAUGGGAAGCAUACCGUUCUGUCUUGGAUUUAUUGAGAAAUAAUUCCCAUUUGGAAAUUACUUAUUCUGGUGUCGUUAAUAGAACCAUGCAAUUCUGUUUGAAACAUAACCGUAAGAAUGAAUUUAAGAGAUUAGCUGAAAUGUUACGUCAACAUUUGGAUGCUGCUAAUUAUCAACAAAGUAAGCAUGGUGGUAAUAUUAUUGACUUGAGUGACAAUGCUACCUUACAACGUUACUUGGAUCAACGUUUCCUACAAGUUACAGUUUCUGUUAAAUUAGGUUUAUGGCAUGAGGCCUUUAGAUCCAUUGAAGAUGUUUACCAUUUAUCCAAGAUGUCUAAGAAGGCUCCAAAGAAGUCCGUCUUGGCUAAUUACUAUGAAAAUAUGGUUAAAGUAUUUUUUGUCUCUGGUGAUCAAUUAUUGCACACUACUGCCUGGAAUAAGUUUUAUGAAAUUUAUUCCACUAACCCAAAUGCCACUGAAGAACAGUUCAAGACUUAUGCUUCUACCAUUCUUUUAUCAGCUUUGGCUAUCAAGUUGGAUGAUGUUCCAGCUGUCGGGUAUGACUCUCAACAACGUUUAUAUCGUUUACUAGAUCUAGAAUCCAAGCCAUCAAGAAAAGCUCUUAUCCAAGAUAUUUUAGAUAGUGACAUGUUUUCCAAAGUUGAUGAAGACGUUAAGAAGUUAUACGAACUUAUUGAAGUCAACUAUAACGCUGAUACCAUCAAGUCUGAAUUAUCCACUUUACUACCUCAAUUACAAUCCAAGCCAUAUUUUUCUCAAUAUGCUGAACAAUUAAGAGACGUUAUUGUGAGAAAAUUAUUUGUUAGUGCUUCAACCAAAUACGAAAAUGUGAAGAUUGAAGAAUUAUUCCAAUUAGUUUCUUUACCAGCUCCAUUCGAUCAAUCCUAUUGGGAUAUUGAAAGAGCUUUGUUGCAAGCUGCUGUGGAAGAUUACGUUUCUUUUUCUAUUGACCACGUUUCUGAUAGUGUUACAUUUGUUAAGGAUCCAAUGGCUGUCUUCACAGUUGCUGAACCAGUUGCUGUUGAGGAGGAUGAAGAAGCUGAAGAAGAAGCUACCGGUGAAGAACAAGAACAAGAAGAUGAAGAGGUUAAAGAAGUUGUUAAUGAGGAUGAAGGUGCCGAACCUGAACCAAUUGUUACUCGUAACCGUUACAUUCGUAACAGAUUAUCUGAAUUGUCCAAGUUAUUACAUGAAGUUGAUUCAUUCAAUGAAGGUAGUUAUAUGGAGAAGGUUAAAUUAGCUCGUGAGAAUUUGAUUCAACAAACUAAGGAAACCAUUGACAAUGCAAAGAGAAUUGCUGAUGAACGUGCUCAAAAAUACAAGGAACAAAAGCAAAAAUACAUGGAAAAUGCAGCUGUCAACGCCGAAGAAGAUGCUGAAUUAAGAAACCAACGUAUCUUAGAAGAAAAGGCCGCUUUGGACGCUAAAUUAGAGGAAGAUGCUCAACGUCGUUUAAUUGCUAAGAAGAAGCGUGAAUUAGAAGCUUUGAAAGAAGCUGAAAAGAAGAAAUUUAUUGAUGAAGCCAAUGAAAAGGGUCAUAUUACUAUUGAUUCUAAUGAAGUUAAGGAUUUGGAACUAGCUGAUUUGAAGAAGGUUGUUGUGAAUCUCUUGUCUAAGGAUAAGAAUGACUUAGAUGCCCGUAUGAACUUUGCUCUUAAGAAACUAGAUCAUACUGAAAGAGCUUUGAGAAAGACUGAAUUGCCAUUAUUACAAAAAGAAGCUGAUACUUUGAAAGAAGCUGAUCUUGUUAAAUAUGAGGCAAUGAAGGCCAAGAUUGUCAAUGCUGCUAAGGCUGAACAUGAUGCCAAGAUGGAAGAUCACGAACGUCUUGCUAAUGUUUAUUCUGAUUAUAAGAGUUUAAGAGACCGUUUGUUGUCUGCACAUGAUUCAGAAAUGGCUGAUAUCCGUAAGGAAAAGAAAGAAGCUUUGAAAGCUGCAAAGAAGGCUAGAAUCGAAGAAGUUCGCAAACAACGUUACGAAGAAGCUGUUGCCAAGCAAAAGGAAGAUGUUGAAAGAGCUGAAAGAGAAAAGCGUGCUGCUGCUCAAGAUGAAAUUAUGCGUAAGCAAAGAGAAGUGGAAGCUGCUCUAGAAAAGAAGGAUGCUAAGACUGCUAUUACUCCAGCUGCUCCAGUUGCAGGAGGUAGCAAACCAAUGACGUUUGCAGAAAAGAUGAGAGCUAAGAAGGCUGCUGCCGCCGCUGCAGGUAACGCACCAUCACCAUCCCCUGCCGCUGCUUCCCCAUCUCCAGCUCCAGCUCCAGUUGCAACCCCAGCUGCUGCUGUAUCAUCCCCAUCUCCACAAGCGGUUCGAGUCCCAGUUCAAAAGUCACAAGCUGAUUUAGAUGAAAUUGCACGUAAGCAAAGAGAGAGAGAAGAAGAAAUUGAAAGAAGAUUGGCUGGUAAUCAAACCAAGGCACCUGAACCAGCUCCAGCUGCUACUCCAGCUGCUGAAGCUAAGCCAAGUGGGAAAUUGUCAUUUGCUGAAAAGAUGAGAGCUAAGAGAAAUGCUCAAAAAUAG